AUGCACUUCACCACCGCGCUGAUCGCGCUCCUCAGCGCCCCCCUGAUCCUCGCCGCUCCCUCCGCCGACGCCCUCCCCGACCGCCACUUCCGCCCCGAGCAGACCAAAGACGAGCGCAUCAAGCUCAAGAUCACCUCCCAGAGCAUCGGCACCUGGAAGCCGGACAUCAAGAUCAACGCCUGGCGGAGCGUGGCCAAGGACCUCAAGAAGCCCUCCGGCCCCUUUUUCGAGCAGGUCUGCUUCGACAACCCGACCAAGGCGGGGCGGGGGCACUAUGUGUGUGUUUUUGACAACGGCGCGGGGGGCAGGGUCACGGGGAACGAUGGGAAGGAGAUUAUUUUGAAUGCGCUGCACGGGUGUCAGAAGGUGCAGAAGGCGGUUUAUGCGGUUAAGUGUUGCAAGGAUUUUUGUGUUAGGUAA